UACAGACACACGCACGCACGCAGAAACGAAUUAGUAAGAGGCUGGUAAUAAAAACAUAACUGCAAAACGACCUUGGAGUUGCAUACAAUAUGCAAAAUAACUCCACGAAAACUAAGGAAAUGUUUAUUGUGCGUGCUCUAGAGAAAAUCCUUGCCGAUAAGGACAUACGGCGCUCACAUCAUUCUCAGCUCAAGAAAUCUUGUGACACAGCUCUCGAACAGAUCAAAGCAGAGCUCAUCAAUGCGGGCCAAAUUGCCGAAGGCAAUGAAUUACCAUGCGCCGCGUUGCCGCUUCCCAAAAACGAUGCCGCGAGCAUUAUCAACGCAGAAACCUAUUUCCUGCCCUUCGAGCUAGCAUGCAAGAGUCGCUCGCCACGCAUCGUUGUAACAGCUUUGGACUGUUUGCAAAAGCUGAUUGCCUAUGGUCAUCUGACGGGCGCUAUUCAAGAUUCUGCAAAUCCGGGUCAUUUGCUCAUCGAUCGCAUUGUCAUCACCAUUUAUGGUUGCUUUAAUGGCCCGCAGACGGAUGAAGGCGUUCAGCUGCAGAUCAUUAAGGCUCUGCUCACCGUUGUGACGUCGCAGCAUGUAGAAAUACAUGAAUUCACGCUGCUGCAAGCAGUGCGUACCUGCUAUGACAUCUACCUAUCCAGCAGGAACCUGGUCAAUCAGACAACGGCCCGUGCCACACUCACACAGAUGCUAAAUGUGAUCUUUGCGCGAAUGGAGAAUCAAGUCUAUGAAGUACCGCCUCCACCAUCAACGACGACGACAACGAUCAAUGGCAGCAUAGCCAGUCCGGAAGGUAAUGGUGAGGAUUUAACGACAACGGCGACGACAACAACAACAGUAGUAACGGAAUCAUCAGAUAGUGAUGAAGCCAUUGCCUCAGAGCUGCUUGCUGAGAUAAUAACAGCUGCUUUCAACGAGGCGAUGAAGGAACAGAGCUCUGACUCGGAACUGGCUGAAAUAGAGGGAUCUGUGAAUGGAAAUGGCUCGGUUGAUUCUUCGCACUCUGACCACGAUAGCGUUGAGUUGCACAGUGAGAACGAUGCUAUAGUUACGGCUAAAUUUACGCACAUCCUGCAAAAGGAUGCGUUUCUUGUGUUUCGGGCCUUGUGUAAGCUGUCGAUGAAGCCACUACCCGAGGGUCAACCCGAUCCAAAGUCUCAUGAACUGCGCUCCAAGGUGUUGUCUCUGCAUUUGUUGCUGCUUAUAUUACAGAAUGCCGGACCCGUCUUCCGCUCCAACGAGAUGUUCGUUAUGGCCAUAAAACAAUAUCUGUGUGUUGCCUUAUCCAACAAUGGGGUUAGCCUGGUGGCCGAGGUCUUCGAAUUGUCGCUCUCUAUAUUUGUGGCACUACUUUCAAAUUUUAAGGUGCAUUUAAAGCGGCAGAUCGAGGUAUUUUUCAAGGAAAUAUUCUUGAAUAUACUGGAGGCUAAUUCGAGUUCUUUUGAGCACAAAUGGAUGGUCAUUCAAGCGUUAACGCGUAUCUGUGCGGAUGCGCAAUCCGUGGUGGAUAUCUAUGUGAACUACGACUGUGAUUUCUCGGCAGCGAACCUGUUCGAGCGUCUGGUUAAUGAUCUAUCAAAGAUUGCGCAGGGUCGCCAGGCCCUUGAGCUGGGCGCUAAUCCCAUGCAAGAGAAAUCAAUGCGCAAACGCGGCCUCGAGUGCCUUGUAUCUAUAUUAAAGUGCAUGGUUGAGUGGAGUAAGGAUCUAUAUGUCAAUCCCAAUAUGCCAGCGAACGCUCUACAGGUGCAGGCGAUUCAGUCGCCGACGUCAACCAUGCAAGAGACGCAAUUGGGUGAUAACGUGGAUGCGCUCUCCGCCCACAAUUCCAGCCUGCGUUCAACACAUGGCGGUUCGAGUCACAGCCUUAAUUCGUAUGGCAGUGUUAAGAAUCAGGAGUUGUUGGAUUUGCCCGAAGCGUUAGAGGAGCGCAAGAUGCGCAAGGAAGUCAUGGAGACGGGCAUUGAGCUAUUCAACCGUAAGCCCCAAAAGGGCGUCCAAUUUUUGCAAGAGAAGCAACUGUUAGGUAGCAGCCCAACAGAUAUAGCACGCUGGCUUCACGAUGACGAUCGUCUCGAUAAGACCGUUAUUGGCAAUUAUCUGGGCGAGAACGAUGAUCACUCCAAGGAGGUGAUGUGUGCGUAUAUCGAUGCCUUUGACUUUCGCCAGCUCGAAGUGGUUGCAGCUCUCCGCAUUCUGCUUGAAGAGUUCCGUUUGCCCGGUGAGGCACAGAAGAUCGAUCGAUUAAUGGAGAAGUUCGCGAGCAGAUACUGCGAAUGUAAUCCUCAAAAUCAGCUUUUCCAGAGCGCCGACACGGUUUAUGUGCUGGCAUUCAGCAUUAUAAUGUUGACCACAGAUCUUCAUUCGCCUCAAGUUAAACACAAGAUGACCAAGGAGCAGUACAUCAAAAUGAAUCGGGGCAUUAGUGACAGCAAAGAUGAUCUACCCGAGGAGUAUUUGUCAUCUAUUUACGAUGAGAUCGCCGAGCAUGAGAUUAAAAUGAAGAACAAUACAACCAUGCUGAUGGCGCCUAAGCCUUCGGGCAAACAGCCAUUCAUAACGGAAAAGCGACGUAAACUUUUAUGGAAUAUGGAAAUGGAGGUCAUCUCCCUGACGGCAACCAAUCUGAUGCAGUCUGUAUCGCAUGUUAAGUCGCCAUUCACAUCGGCCAAGCAUCUGGAGCAUGUUCGUCCUAUGUUUAAAAUGGCAUGGACUCCUUUUUUGGCUGCCUUCUCAGUGGGUUUGCAGGUAUGCGACGAUCCAGAAAUAGCGACCCUCUGCUUGGAUGGCAUUCGAUGUGCCAUACGCAUUGCGUGCAUUUUCCACAUGUCCCUUGAACGGGAUGCCUAUGUUCAGGCGCUCGCACGUUUCACACUGCUAAAUGCCAAUUCGCCCAUUAAUGAGAUGAAGGCUAAGAAUAUUGAUACUAUCAAAACGCUCAUCAUGGUUGCCCACACUGAUGGCAAUUAUUUGGGCAGUAGUUGGUUGGACAUAGUCAAAUGCAUUAGCCAGUUGGAGCUGGCACAGCUAAUUGGCACGGGAGUGCGACCUCAAUUCCUUUCCGGUGCGCAAACGACGCUCAAGGACACGCUUAAUCCCAGUGUCAAAGAGCACAUUGGUGAGACGAGCAGUCAGAGUGUAGUUGUGGCAGUGGAUCGUAUAUUUACCGGCUCCAUGCGCCUGGAUGGCGAUGCGAUUGUGGACUUUGUCAAAGCACUUUGUCAGGUCUCUGUCGAUGAAUUGCAGCAGACGCAGCCACGCAUGUUCUCACUGCAAAAAAUUGUAGAGAUCAGCUACUAUAAUAUGGAGCGUAUUCGAUUGCAAUGGUCACGUAUCUGGCAGGUGCUGGGCGAGCAUUUCAAUACGGUUGGCUGUAACAGUAACGAGGAGAUUGCAUUCUUUGCUCUGGACUCUCUGCGCCAGCUGUCUAUGAAGUUCAUGGAGAAGGGGGAAUUUAGCAAUUUUCGUUUCCAAAAGGACUUCCUGCGUCCCUUUGAGCACAUCAUGAAGAAGAACAACUCGCCGGCCAUACGUGACAUGGUCGUGCGUUGUAUUGCCCAAAUGGUCAACUCGCAGGCCCACAAUAUACGUUCCGGCUGGAAGAACAUAUUUUCUAUAUUUCAUUUAGCUGCCGGCGAUCAUGAGGAACCAAUUGUGGAGUUGGCAUUCCAGACAACAGGAAAAAUUAUUGGUGACCUCUAUCGACGUCAAUUCGCAGUUAUGGUGGACUCCUUUCAGGAUUCCGUUAAGUGCCUGUCUGAGUUUGCGUGCAAUGCACGUUUCCCGGACACCAGCAUGGAAGCCAUACGGUUAGUGCGAAACUGUGCUCAGUGUGUGCAUGAUGCACCCCAGCUGUUUGCGGAGCAUGCGGGCAUGGAGAAUGAUGCAUCUGUGGCGGAGGAAGACCGUGUUUGGGUUCGCGGUUGGUUUCCCAUGCUCUUCUCUCUCUCCUGUGUGGUCAAUAGAUGCAAGUUGGAUGUACGCACACGUGGUCUGACCGUUCUUUUUGAGAUUGUUAAGACUCAUGGCGAUAGCUUCAAGCCAAAUUGGUGGAAAGAUUUAUUCAAUGUGAUUUUCCGCAUCUUUGACAACAUGAAACUACCGGAGCAUGUGACCGAAAAGUCGGAAUGGAUGACAACCACCUGCAAUCAUGCAUUGUACGCAAUAAUCGACGUGUUCACCCAAUACUUCGAUGUGCUUGGCCAUCUACUGCUGGAAGAGCUGUUCGCUCAGUUGCAUUGGUGCGUUCAGCAAAAUAAUGAACAGCUUGCCCGCUCUGGCACUAAUUGUCUAGAGAAUCUGGUCAUCUCGAAUGGGUUCAAGUUUAAUGAGGUCACCUGGGACAAGACGUGCCAAUGCAUCCUUGACAUAUUCAAUGCAACGCUCCCCAAGGAGCUGCUCAGCUGGCGCCCCUCCAAGGGCAAUGAACCACAGCUGCAGCUACAACAUCAGUUGCCACGUCGUGCUUCUAGUACAGUACAUUCCACGCCAUUAGAGGCGCACAAUAGUUUCGAGGGUCUACAUAUUAAGUGUGUCGUGCAACUGGAGUUAAUACAGACCAUGGACAAUAUAGUCUUCUUCCCGGCCACCUCGCGCAAGGAGGAUGCUGAGACGCUGGCACAGGCAGCCGCAGAUUUGACCGGACGCCAAACGCAGCAGCAGCUGCAGCUGGAUUGCCAACGCGAGGAACAGGGAAUGUAUGGCUAUUUGCGUACGCGACAGCUCUUCACACUCGCCGAGUGCCUGAUGCAGUCGCAUCGUUUCGCCAAGCGCUUCAAUGCCGAUCAGGAUCAGCGCAAUUUGUUGUGGCGUGCGGGAUUUAAGGGUACUGUCAAGCCAAAUCUGCUGAAACAGGAGACAGCGUCAUUAGCCUGUGUCUUACGCAUCUUUUUCAAAAUGUACAGCGAUGAGAAUCGUCGCAGCGACUGGCCCGGCAUUGAGCAGGAGUUGGUGCAAGUCAGCAAAGAGGCGCUGGCCUACUAUCUCAGCCUACAGAGCGAGGCGCAUCGCGAUGCAUGGACAUCUCUCCUACUGCUAAUUUUGACACGCCUGCUUAAGAUGACCGACGCGAGGUUUGCCACGCAUGUGUCCAACUACUAUAGUCUGCUAUGUGAGAUGAUGUGCUUCGACCUCAAGCCCGAAUUGCGAAGUGUCCUUAGGCGUGUAUUUAUGCGCAUCGGUCCAGUAUUCAAUAUUAUGAAUGUGAAUGUUAAAUAGUCAAGGCACAUGCACUUAACGGAGCCACGACCCCAGCUACGUUGAUCAUGGCCAAGAGGCCCGAGGGGCAACCUUUUAGUUAUCCAAUAUUCUGGCAUUGUUGUUAUGUUAUUUACUUUAUUGUACUUUAUUGGCCCCAAUCCUCCUCCGUGAGCAGAUAUAUAUUUGUAUAAAAAAAUAUAUAGAUAUCAUAUAUAUCUAUAAAUAAAUAUAUAUAUAUAUAUAUAUAUAUAUUAUAUAUUUAUUUAUUUAAGCAAUUGUAAUGCUUAUACUUAGGUUUAAACAAAAGUGUUGUUGUUUUAUAUCAUGUUUACAAACACAUACAUGCACCCGCACACUUGAGUGUGUCCGGCAUUAAUAUGUGUUUAUAUGCCGUAUACAUAGGCAUAUAAAAUAUAUAUUUAUAUUGUGUACGAUAUGUGGCCUAUAGUUUAUCUUCAUUUCUGGCAAACGUUCUUGGUGAAACCAUUCAUAUAAUUAUCCUAAAGAAUUAUCUAUUAUCUAACUAUUAUUAUGUAGCGUAAAUAAUAAUAAAUCAUAUGGUAUAUUUUAGCCUGUAUAUUGCUAGCUAUAAUUUAAAUCAAAUUAUAUAUUUCAAAUAUAUCUAUUACAGCAAUAAAUAUCAUAUAUAAAUUGUA